AUGGCCACCGCGGCGGCUCCGUCAUCCUUGGCUCUCAAGGCCUCGAGCCUGGCCGCGGCCCCCGGCUCGUACGGGGUCUUCUGCAAGGGGCUCUCCCGCACCCUCCUCGCCUUCUUCGAGCUGGCCUGGCAACUGCGCAUGAACUUCCCGUACUUCUACAUCGCGGGCUCCGUGGUUCUCAACAUCCGCUUGCAGAGCAUGAGUAUGAAGAUACCAGUCCUUCAGGAAGCCAUGACAUUGGAACAAGGCAUCUUCAAUUUACCAAUGAAAUAA